CUCCCUCCUCCUUUUCUUCCGUCAUUCUGCACGGACAGCCGAGCUGAGCGCGGCUCGCCUCGUCAUGUUUACGAAGCGCGGCGUGGAGAAAACCACCGUCGUCCCCCUGGAAUGAUCCGACACGGAAUCCCCCCUCCUUCCAUCUGCCGGACCCGGACUUGGACCUGUGCGUAAAAACGCGAGACGCGGCAACAGCCAGACACCCGCUGCGCGGUGGUUUGAGCGGAGGAUCGUCUCCUCUUCUUCUUUUUCUCCUGCACGACGCUCCCCAUCACAUACGGAGGGAAUCCAUCUCAUUAAAAACAACAAAAACAAAACAAACAAAAAGCAACAACAAAAACCAAACAAACAACACCAACAACAAAAACAACAGCUCCUGUUUUAAUUCUAGAGGAGCAGGGACGUAAAGAAGAGCAUGGAGGCCCUGCUGCCUGUGCUGAAGAGCCACCCCGGCCCGGCGGUGCUGCUCUGCUCUCUGCUGUUCAGGGUGGCCCACCAGCUGCUGCAGAGGCUGCCCGUCCCCACGGUGGUCCGGCAGGACGCCUUCCGUUCCUGGAAGUGGAAGAACCUGUCCGUGUCCAUGGUGCACUCGGUGCUGACCGGGACCUGGGCUCUGACCUGCGUGGUGAUCUGGCCCGAGACGCUCAGCAACAUCCGCGCGUUUCACACCCCUCUGUCCUACCUGCUCAUCUGCGUCUCCACAGGUUACUUCGUGCACGAUGCAGGCGAUAUCAUUCUGACGGGACACGGCAGAGGAUCGUGGGAGUUCCUGCUCCAUCAUGCGUUGGUGAUCUGGUGUUUCCUGUACGCCCUCUACACCCAGCUCUACAUUGCCGGUGCUUUGAUUGCCCUCUUCGUGGAGGUCAACAGCGUCACCCUGCACUUGCGGCUGAUGCUGAAGCUGGCCAAUGCUCAGUCCUCCUCCAUGUACCACAUCAACAAAAUCGCCAACCUCUUCACCUACGUCAUGUUUCGCCUCGGCACCCAGUUCUACCUCACCUGGUACAUCGUCGACAACUACUCCCAGAUGGACCGCGGCGGGUACUUCCUCGUCUCCAUGAUGAUGAUGAACAUCAUGAUGGUGAUUUAUUUCUACCGUUUGCUCCGCACUGACUUCUUUCCCCGAAGCAAGAGGUACGCGGGACAGAACGGCACGCACAACAACAACUCCAAGAAGUUUCUCAGCGACUGACCGGGGGGAGCGGUUUACAGGACUGCACCACGUACUUAAUUUAAGACGGAAAGUUUACAGAUUGUGUUGUGUUUUCAUACUAACAUGUGCUCCUGACAACAGAUUCACUGCCAAAGAAUAAGCUCCCCAAAACACGUAGCCUUUUUCGGGUGCUGCUUUUACACAGAAAUUUUAAAGUAGGAAAUUUUAACUAAAUUCAACACGAGUUUAAGUGAAAACUGACAAAUCCUUGAAAUUGUACAAGUUUUGGCGUAAUGGACAAUGUUUUAUUUGUUGGAAUACCAAUAGGGUUUCUUAGAUGUUUUGUAAAAACGUGAUCAGCAUUUCUCUUGAUCACUUUCCUACUGAAGGUUAAAAUGGAAGUUUGGAAGAACUCAAGCUUUUGGCCUUUAGAUCAAUUUUUCUGACCAGCUCAUAUGAAGCAUAAAGUAACUACAUAAUAAAUAAACUAUACAGAGUCGACUAAGUAGCGAUAGCACUGAGUGGGAUUAACUUCUGUAUCAAACUGUGUAUAAGCACUGUGUGCUAUUGAUAAGUAUGCAUACAUAAGAAGUAGGGGAAGCUUGGCUUUAUGAAAUGGGAUUCUUAAAUUGACAUACAUAACAUUAAUGGAAAGCUAAUAACAAGCAGUGUGAUGUAAAUAGAUUUUGGUCUGUUUAGUUUUCUAUGAGCAGUAAUUCUUUUUCAAAAAGUGAUCCACUGGCGUCUAUGUAGAGGUGACAAAAACCACCUUUAAAGUUAUUAAUCGUUUGAUAAUGUAAUGCUUGUAAAAUGCAUUCAUUAGCCUUACUUAACAAUGAAAAGAAUGAUGACCAUCCCAUGUCUGUAAGCUAAAUAUAAAGAAUAUGCCACAGAUCUUUCCUUGUACUAAUACUAAGGAUGGAACUAGUCGGGAUGUCAGCAAUAGGACAAGAAUACAAACAACUUGUACCGCCUAGUUUUCAAUGGAAACAUACCAACGAGAGAAAACAAAUUAAUAAAAAUAAAUUAUGUUAAGACCCUGACAACUUCGACCAGAGUGACCAUUGUAGCCUAUCAGUGAGUGAAUGGAACACAGAAGCUAGCAUAGCCCAUAUGAGAUUACAGAAUUAAUGGUUGCGGAUUAGAAAUUAACUUUAAAAAAAAAAUCCAGUUAUUGAUUUUAUAAUAACCUUUGGCUAAUUUAAAGAAACGUGUUGCAUUCCUGACACUAUUAAUGUAUAUACUUGCAGCUAUCGAGCUAAACGCUAAAGCUACAGGUAGCUAGCUUCUCUUUUAUUGUUUAAUAUGACACUAAUUAGUGAAAUGUAGUUAACUAGUUAGGUAGUAUGUUUAAAGUAGAUGAUAUACAACUUUUGUUUACUUUUCAAAAAGCAUUUUUUUCUUAUUCAUUCCCUGUCUAAAUGCUACAAGUGAGCUGCCUAUUUAGCUUACAAGCAUGAGAAUGGUACUGAUAUUUUCAUUAAAAUCUCUCUCAGAAUCAAUUAUUAUUAUAACUUAAGCAAAAAAAAAAAAGUAAAAGACAUUUAAGUACAGUUACAAUUUACCUUCAUAGGUGCUAGACGGAUUUCCUUAUUUAACGUGAUGUGGCUAAUGUCUUGAGUCAGGUUGAUUGUUGCUUGCUACUUUAAAUGGGCGCUGGAUACAAGCGAGGUACUGAUAUUAUUUAGAUCUAUAUUAUUUGCUGCCGGAAAGCCAACAUCUUGUGGUAAUGUUACACUUGUCCAUUGAAGUAUAUGUUAAGAAUAUUUCAGUAUGUAUUUGAAAUGGGUAAUCGCGUUUCGUCUGCUGCUUUUUGUACAGCACACUCACUAUAUGGUAUGUUGCAAUAUAUUUUACAUCUGCAUGGGAAAAAGUGUUGGUUUUUUAUAGGGUUUUUUGACUAAUGUUGUUGACACUUGGAAUUUUCUGAAUUUGCAUUUUAAUAUUGUAUGUGGACCAAUCCUUCUGUCUGAAUGAAGCCAUGUCUCCAGGUAUGGCUGAAGAGAUGCUGGACCGGACAGAGUUGUUCAUGACCAAUUGAAGUGCUAACAUGCUAUGAUGCAGGAUCAUUUCUUCUAUGACUCUUUGAUCAAAUCUGUUUCUAACUGACUCCAGUGGAGCUGAAACCGGAUCUUUCUGCCAUUUGUUCAGAAGGAACCCUGAAAAAGAAAAUCUUUCAUACCCAGCAGGCAGCAGCACAAUUGUGUGGUCAGACACUGUGUAUCUCUUUUGCUGGUUUGGUUAAUAGCGACACUUUGGAGAUGAUCAACUUUUAAAGAUUGAACCUGAUUGACGUAUGUCUCCUCUUUCUCUUAUUUCCUCAGAAAUGGAUGUAAAACACUUUGUAAAUAUUUGUCCUCAAGUGCACGUUCCUUUAGAUCUUUUUGUCUUUUUCAUUUUUAAAGAUGUACGUGUUUGUUGGCUCUAAGUGGACUUGAUCAUUGCAUAAGUCGUAACUGCUGAUGACAGUAAGAUUUUACUGACAAGUUUAUUCCUCAGACACAACAUUAGAUGGCCUCCAGUCUUCCUCAUGGAGAGAAACAUAUAACCUUUGAUUUAUUUCCAAAAAGGCAUGAGGAUGUUGCAAGUACUAAAUCAUCAGGGCGUAACAAAACAACCCCCGUAUAACUCUCUUUACCAAUAGUCAAUAGUCAUAAUGUUGUGGCUGAUCGAUGUAAACUUCAUUUUAUAUUUCAACCAACGGCAAGAACAAAAGGCAUAGACGGAGCUGAUGUGCGUCUGACCUUUGCUGUUGUGCCUUCAUACCAAAGUGCCUUUUGAACAUAAGCAGAGACUACAAUAACUCUAAGUUUCCCACACAAUGAAGGGAAGGAGUUGCGACAGUUAUUUCAAUUGAUCAUCAGCACAAUAAUGUAAAUGACUCUUGUAUUAAAAGUGUCUUUCGAAUCACUGAGUGAAUAAAAAAAAGUGUUUAAAAUCA